AUAUAAAUGGGUUGAAAGUUGGUCAAUCGAAUUUUUUUUUAGUUUGAAUAAAAAAAAAGUUAAAUUUAUAUAAGUACAGUGGCAGUUGAUCAUUUCGGCUGGAGUAAAACUUGGAAGUGGAUUGAAAAGAGUGAUGGUUUCUAUUUUGUUUCAUAAAUCAUUUAAAUAGUGAGUAUGAAUUCGGUAAAAAGUUUGGUCUGUGGGAAUUUUAUUGGUAUUGGGAUGGAAAAAAUAUUUAAAUGUUAGAUUGGAUUAUUUGAUAUUAAAAUACAAUAUAUUUAGUAGUGGUGGAUUCUAUUUAUGAAAGAGGUUAAAUAAAAAUGAG